AUGGCCGGUUGCCUCUGCGAACUCGGGUCCGAGCGCAAGAGCGCCAUGGAAUGUCGGGAGUGCCAGCCGGGGAAGUACAGAGGCAACUACUCCCAGACGACGUGCUCGGAGUGCCCGGCUGGUACCUAUUCGACACUUUCAGGCGCGUCGUUGUGCACAAACUGCCCCGCGGGCUUCUUCUCCCAUUCGGGGAGCACCGGCUGCAGCGUCUGCGCUGCGGGCAGCUAUGGGCAAGAUUGGGGUCUGGCACAAUGCCAGCUCUGUCCUCAAGGGACCUACAGCAGCGCCCUCGCCGCGACGAGCCCGACCGCCUGUGAGACGUGCGGCACGGGCUCCACCACCGGAUCGGCCGGGUCCACCACUCAAAAGGAGUGCCUGUCCUUUGCCAGCGGUCAAGAGCGGUUCUGCUCCGCCGGGAAGGUCUGCUCCAUCACUGGCCUGAUGGGCAGGGCCCUGCAGAACAACUCGCUGAUGCUCAUCACAACGUCCGACUGCGACGCGGCGAAGUUGCCGGUGCAAGGCAUUGUGGAUGAUGGCAUAUCGCUGCCUGCCGGCAACGAGGGCACCAGCUACCAGUGGGGCAGCAACGUCGCUGACUUCACACCGGCCGGCGACAUCUACCAACUCUGCUUCUGUGCGAACUUUGCGCAGAAUUGCCAGCACUUGGACCUCUUCCUGCUCCCCGCAGGGGCGCUCCUCGUUCGCGGCCCGACGAGUGCGGCAAGCCAGGUGACCUACGAGUGCACCCGGGGCAGCCUGUGCAACCAGAUCGAGCUCGAGGGCUACGAGCUCCAGGAGUCGGACCGGGUGGCGGUUCACCGGGGAGGCUGCGGCUCCCCGGAUUCCACGCAGCACUUUGCCACGGCGGCGAGGGUCACCAUGCGCGAGCCGAGCUGGAAGGGCUUCGGCAACCUUUCUCGCCUGGCCCUGGACUUCUCGACGAUCCUCUUCGAUCCGGAGGACGUGGGCUACUCCCUCUGCUGGUGUGCGGUGGAGAACGUGGGAGACUGCCAGGAUGUCCAGCAGUUCAACGUGGCGGCGGGGAAGCUUCGUUUGAUGGGCGCUUAUGGCGGCCAGGCAUCUGUCGUGAUGUUGCUUUACGCGGAUCCGGGAGCCCGCGCAGAGGCCAAAUGCAUGCUGAAGCAGGGCAGGGUGGCAGGGUGGUCACCGGCGCGUGCUGCUGCUUCAGCAUUGUAUGUGAUUUGCUUGGAAGACCACGAAGCAGAUGCAUAUUUGGAGAUCUUGCACGAGUGCAAUGGCUGUCCCUCUCCGUUGCUGGACAGCCAGAAGACAGGGGGCAUGUGGUCCUCGGCCAUUCAUAGCAAGUGCAAGGAACUUGAGAUAAAGAAACUGGUGGAGAGCAGUAAGAGGAGAAGUCCUGCGCAGUUGGUCAGCAAUGCUUACUUCAAGACCUUCAAGGUGGCCAGCGUGGCCGUGGAGGCCGUGAGCGACGUCCUGGCCUUGAAGCAACGCCUCAGCCACCAGGAGCUGGGCACCCAGAUGGACCUUCAGCUGGUGCUGCUGCCCUUCGCCGACGUCGCCGAGGCCCCAGCGCGGGUGCUCCUGAACGCCGCCCGGGAAGGCAACGCGGCCGAGGUUUGCAGUGCGCUUCGGGUGUCUUUAGCUUAA